AUGGCCAUAGCUGUGCGCUCCAGGACAGGGUUCUACCAUCAGGAGGUGAACAGGACCGUGUGGGAUGUGCCGGAGAGGUACCGGGACCUGAAGCAGGUUGGAACGGGGGCCUACGGGACCGUGUGUUCUGCGUGGGACCGGCGCGCAGGAGCUCAGGUCGCCAUCAAAAAGCUCCACCGGCCCUUCCAGUCCAAACUAUUUGCCAAAAGGGCCUACAGAGAGCUGCGACUCCUCAAGCACAUGAAGCAUGAAAACGUAAUCGGGCUGUUGGAUGUUUUCACAGCUGAGAUCUCGCUGGAUCGGUUUCGGGAUUUUUACCUGGUGAUGCCGUUCAUGGGCACCGACCUCGGCAAGCUGAUGAAGAUGGAGAGGUUGUCUGAGGACAGGGUGCAGUUCCUCGUUUAUCAGAUGCUCCGAGGCCUCAAGUAUAUCCACUCUGCAGGGAUCAUCCACAGGGAUCUUAAACCUGGAAAUUUAGCCAUUAACCCAGACUGUGAGCUAAAGAUUCUUGAUUUCGGCUUGGCCAGGCAGGCUGAUGCUGAAAUGACCGGCUACGUGGUGACGCGAUGGUACAGAGCCCCUGAGGUCAUCCUCAGCUGGAUGCACUACUCACAAACUGUGGAUAUCUGGUCCGCAGGCUGCAUCAUGGCCGAGAUGCUGCUGGGAAAACCACUGUUUAAAGGGAACGACCACCUGGAUCAGUUAAGAGAGAUCAUGAAGGUCACAGGAACCCCGACUCUUGAUUUUGUCGUGAAGCUGCAGAGCCAAGAUGCAAGGAACUACAUCAGAAGCUUACCAAAAGUACCAAAAAAAGACUUGCACGCCGUUUUCUCCAAAGCUGGCCCCAACGCGGUGUGUGUCCUGGAGAAGAUGUUGCUCCUGGACCCCGACUGCAGGGUGAGUGCGUCAGAGGCGCUCGAGCUCCCCUUCUUCAGCGAGUUCAGAGACGUGGAGGAGGAGACGGAGGCCCUGCCCUACGAUCAGACCCUGGACAACACCGACCUGCCCCUGGACCAGUGGAAGCGCCACACUUUCACAGAGAUCCUGACCUUCAGGCCCCACAGAGACUCCAGAGAAACGUCACUUUAAGAGAUCGAAACUCUCUCACAGAU